GUUUGCGAGGGUAUAAAUAGGGGCAGAUACAUCAGCCGCCUGACAGUACACAGAGUAUACUCUUCCGUGUAUAUAGUUGUACCAUACUCUCCGUCGGGUCAUUCUAUUAAUUACUGAAUUAUAAUAUAGCAACAUGGCGCUUGUUGAGUUGCUUGGAGAAAAAUUACAAGGGGCGGGUGGAGUCGAGAUAGAGACAUCAAGCCUCUGUGGAUCUGGCAAAUACGUAGGCCUCUAUUUUUCGGCUCACUGGUGCCCCCCUUGCCGAAUGUUCACUCCAGAGUUGGCUGAGUUUUACGACGAGUUCACCAAGAAGGAUGGGAACCAGGGCAAGCUGGAGAUUGUCUUCGUGAGCUCAGAUCAGAAUGCAGACCAGUUCAAAGAUUACUUCAAGGAUAUGCCAUGGAAAUGCCUUCCCUUUGCUGACCGGGAUAGAAAGGGAGCGGUGACUACGAAGUUUGGUGUGAGAGGAAUCCCGACGCUCAUCAUACUCGACAGCGAGAGCGGCGAGAUCGUCUGCAAGGACGCCAGGGGCCACGUGGGAAGCGACCCCGACGGUGCCAAGUUUCCCUGGAAGAACUAGACUCACUCUCUCAACCGUGAGCGCCACGCUCCCAAUCAUCACCUCAUUAAGCAUGUCGAUGACAGGGUGCCAUUUGUAAAGUCUAAUGAUAACAAUUACCAUGGUAGCGCCUCCUCUCUGACGAUUAUUUUUUGUUCUUCUUCUCAAAAUUGUGUUAAAUACGAUGGCAACUAUUUUCGAAAAAACAUCUCAAGGGCAAUUUUAAUACUCUAUUUCAUGUCCUGUACAAUUACAUUGAUAUUACGUAAUACAUGCGACAUUGUCAAUGUUCGUACUGUUCAAUAUGUGACGCACAAGGCGGUUGAAAUUACCUUGGGUUGAUUUCUCGAAAGCAUUUGCUACCGUGUUUUUAUAUCAAUUUUGUUUAUUAGACCCGGGGUUGUUUCACAAAGAUCCUAAGUUGAACUGAUCUCUAAGUUGGACUUAAAACUUAUGGAAAGCCGUUAGCAUCUAUGGAAAUAUUUUGUAAAAGUUAUUUUAAAAGGCAUAGAAUGUUGAUUCAAAUGAUUUAUAUUUCAAGGAGAUUUCACGUUCUUGAUGUGGAAUUCAUAAAAAGUCUAAAACAUUUUUUGCUUUUGAAUAUAUUUUAUUUUAAGUCUACAAAUGGCUUUCCAUAAUAUUUAAGUCUAACUUAGAGUUAAUUUCGACUUAGAAUCUUUGUGAAACACCCCCCCCCCCCUGGUCGCAAAGACAAUCAACUCAAAGGCAAUUGCAAUGUAUCCAAAUGUAUAUCCACAUAGAAAUCAUGUUACAUGUAUAGGAUAACGCAAUGUGUCAUAUAUUACGCACAUCACAUUACAGAAGAUGACAGACAAGGCUAUUGAAACAUCCGUAGGUCAAUUAUUCGACAGUCUUUGCGAAUGUGAUAUGUUUCUGUUUAAAAAGGGAAUGUACUAUCGCAAAGAAUUUCGUAAAAUCACCCCCAAGACAAUUUCAACUGCCUUGUAUCUCACCCUUUCGAAUUGUGCGACCAUUAUUGUGCGACCAUUAUUGUGCGACCAUUUUGUAGAACGAAAUAUUUGAGAAAUACUCUCACAGGUGGGGGCUAUGUUAAAUAGAUGAACGUAUUUUGUUUGAUUGUUUUUCCGUGAAUAUAGUUAAUCUAUCGGAUAAUCUGUUUCUUAGACUAAAGAUCUUAGCUUCAAACUGUUACAUUUUAUCAUUUUAUCAUUAUGCUGCAUUAUUGUAGAGCGCUUAGAGACUCCUGACAAAGUAAGUGUUAGGUGCUAUAAUUAUAAGCACUGUAAUUAUUAUUAUUAUUAUUCCUAGACCGUAGACGAGACUAUACACUAAAUGGUGUUGUUUUGUAGUUUGCCUUUGCCCAGUGAGACAAAAUCGUGAAAAUUAAUGAUCUGGAAUAAAUUGAACAAAUACAAUGAA